AGAAACCGGCCCCAGAGCCAGCGUGGCUGAUCCAUGGGCGAGAGAAGUGGGUCAAUGCGCGAUACGGCCUCUACUCCACCAAUGCCGGGGAAGGGAGGGUAGCUUGUCCUGAACGGAACUUCAACAGUUGGGCGGGGAGCUGACCAGCUAAAGAGAGAAGGCAGCGCUUGCCGAGAAGCAACUUGGGACAGAGUUGCGAUCUUUGCAGAGAAAUCGGACGGUCCGCGGUGGAUUGCAGCAUUUAAAGUGUUGGGCUUGUCUUUGCUGAAACCAGAACUGAAUCCAGGCAAUAAGAAUGCAGAUUCCUGCACAGAUGAGGUUGGCUAGCAAAAACCAGAUCUACCUGGUGACAGGAGGCUGUGGUUUCCUGGGAAAACAUCUGGUUGAAAUGCUUCUGGAACAAGAGCCCAACCUUGCUGAAAUACGGGUCUUUGACUUGCAUCUGGAUCAAAGUAUGCACAGCUGGGACAGAGUGACUCUCAUCCAAGGAGACAUCAGCAAUCCAGAGGAUGUGAAGCCAGCAGUCCAAGGUGCCCAUGUGGUCAUUCACACGGCCGGUCUGGUGGACGUCUGGGGCAGAGUCCCACCUGAGAAGAUCAUGGCAGUUAAUGUGCAAGGAACCAAAAAUGUAAUUGAGGCCUGUGUCAUGCAAGGAGCCCAGUAUCUGAUUUACACCAGCAGCAUGGAGGUUGUAGGACCUAACAUAAAAGGCCACCCUUUCUACAGGGGCAACGAGGACAUGAAAUAUGAGGCCAUCCACCACCAUCCUUACCCACUUAGCAAAGCCAAUGCUGAGCGUCUGGUCAUCGAAGCCAAUGGGCAACUGAUGCCAAACGGGAAGCGGCUAGUCACUUGUGCCCUUCGUCCAACGGGCAUCUAUGGGGAGAACCAUCUGCUGAUGAAGGAGUUUUAUGAGAAAGGGUUGAAGACAAAAAAGUACAUGAUCCGGGCCAUCCCAGCCUCUGUGGAGCAUGGCAGGGUCUAUGUAGGCAACGUGGCUUGGAUGCAUCUCCUGGUGGCUCAGAAGAUCCAAGAGGACCCCUCAACAAUCGGGGGCCAAGCUUAUUUUUGCUAUGAUGACUCUCCAUACAAGAGCUAUGAGGACUUUAACAUGGAGUUCUUGAGGCCGUGCGGCUUCCGCCUCUUGGGGUCCCAGCCUCUGUUGCCAUUCUUUGUCCUCCAUCUGAUAGCUCUGCUCAAUGCUAUCCUACAGUGGCUCCUGAAGCCCUUCCGCAUGUAUGCACCCAUCCUCAAUCCCUACACCCUGAUCGUGGCCAGCACUACCUUCACUGUAAAGACCGACAAGGCCCUGAAACACUUUGGAUACAAACCUUGUUUCACCUGGGAAGAGAGCCGGAAUCACACAAUCAGGUGGCUCCAAGAGGUCGCAGCAGAGAAGCAAGUGGAGAAGUAGGUCCCAGCAAGAAAGGUCAACAUGAAUGGAGUAAUGCUCUAGAGGAAACCUAGUUGGGGAAUGGAAAGCUCCUGACAUUUGCAAUAUCAAACUAUGGCCUUAUGUUGACUGGUUUGAGACGAUGAUGUUAGAUAUUUUUACAAUAGCUACCUUUGCUCUUAGGUGACCUUUGGAAGCAGGCCUACAGCUUUGCAAGAAUGGGUGGACCUUGUUUCUCCAGGUGGAAAUGUCAAAUACCAAAGAAAUAUGUUUUAGAUUUCGGUUGAGUAUAUCAGUGUCUCAUUCUCAACUGGACAAGGGCUUUUUUUUUCCAGCCAAAGUCCCAAACAGUUUUCAGAAUGACUUUUGAUGAUAAUCUUCACUGUUUCCAUCAUGCCAUACAUUCGAACCUACCUGGUUCAAUUUCUUACAUCUAUCCCAGUGUGUUUAUUGGUGUUGCAUACUUCAAAGAUUAUCCGGAAGGCAGCAAUGUCCAGCUCAUCUUCUACCAUUCCUUAGCUUUGAAAGAUGGAUUGUUGAUUAAUUCCAUGUCACUACAGACCAGUUCCAUGUUUUUCUUCCUACCUCAAUGACCUCUAAGUGCAGUAAGGUUCAUGUUUUUGAUGUAAUCUAACUAGUCACUAGUUAUCUGAGUAAGCCGAUAGACUCUUAAGUAUGAAAGGAGACUAAGAUGCUAUCCUAUGAUUUUCUAGCCACAAUUAUCUUAUAUGACUUGUGCAAUAGAAAUGUAUGACUGGAAAGCCUCCUUGAUGGCCAACAAUUAAGUUAAACAAGCAAAUAAAUAUAUCAUAUUCUCAUGA